AUGGGGACGCAAGCACCCGAGACCAAUUUUUGUCCCAAGGUAGGGAGGAGUGCUGGGGAGAAGGCGAUCGACGACUGGCUCCCAAUCACCUCAUCCAGGAACGCCAAGUGGUGGUACUCUGCAUUCCACAAUGUCACCGCCAUGGUUGGUGCUGGCGUGCUGAGCCUUCCUUACGCCAUGUCUGAGCUCGGCUGGGGACCUGGCACCGUGGUGCUGCUGUUGUCGUGGAUCAUCACCUUGUACACGAUGUGGCAGAUGGUGGAGAUGCACGAGAUGGUGCCUGGGAAGCGAUUCGACCGGUAUCAUGAGCUUGGGCAGCACGCGUUUGGUAAGAAGCUGGGGCUGUGGAUUGUUGUGCCGCAGCAGCUCAUCGUCGAGGUGGGUGGGGAUAUUGUGUUCAUGGUCACCGGAGGAAAGUCAUUGAAGAAGUUCCACGACGUGAUCUGCGGCAACGAAUGCAAGGACAUCAAGCUCACCUACUUCAUCAUGAUCUUUGCCUCUUGCCACUUCGUCCUCUCUCAGCUCCCCAACUUCAACUCCAUCUCUGGCAUCUCCCUCGCUGCUGCAGUCAUGUCACUCAGUUAUUCAACAAUAGCUUGGGGAGCGACAGUACAUAAGGGGAAAUUGCCAAACGUGGACUACCACGUUCGGGCGACGACGACACUGGAGAAGGUGUUUGACUUCUUUGGGGCAUUGGGCGAUGUGGCGUUUGCAUAUGCAGGACACAACGUGGUGCUUGAGAUCCAGGCCACCAUCCCAUCGACGCCAGAUAAUCCGUCCAAGAAGCCCAUGUGGAAGGGUGUCAUGGUUGCCUACAUCAUAGUUGCCAUCUGCUACUUUCCUGUCUCGUUCAGUGGAUAUUGGGCCUUUGGCAACCAAGUCGAUGAUAACAUCCUCAUCACCCUCAACAAGCCAAAGUGGCUCAUUGCCCUCGCCAACAUGAUGGUCGUUAUCCAUGUCAUUGGGAGCUACCAGAUUUUUGCGAUGCCAGUGUUUGACAUGAUGGAGACGAUCCUGGUGAAAAAGCUGCGUUUCCCUCCCGGCCUUGCGCUCCGUUUGAUUGCCCGGACCACCUAUGUUGCAUUCACAACGUUUGUAGCCAUCACCAUCCCCUUCUUUGGUGGAUUGCUCGGUUUCUUUGGUGGAUUCGCCUUUGCACCGACAACUUACUUCCUUCCCUGCAUCAUGUGGCUUGCAAUCUACAAGCCCAAAAGGUUCAGCCUCUCAUGGUUCACCAACUGGGUCUGCAUUGUUCUUGGAGUGAUCCUGAUGAUCCUGUCACCGAUCGGAGCACUCCGGCAGAUCAUCCUGUCUGCCAAGACAUACCAAUUCUACUCGUAA